AUGAUUCACACUGGAGAGAAGCCAUAUCAGUGUUCUGAAUGUGACAACGCUUUUACUGUCAAGAAGGCAUUUAUCAGACACCAGAGGAUUCAUGCUGGAGAGAAGCCAUAUCAAUGCUCUGAGUGUGACAAAGCUUUUACAAUGCGGCCAGAGUUUAUCAGACACAAGAUGGUCCACACUGGAGAGAAGCCAUACCAAUGUUCUGAGUGUGGCAAAGAUUUUUCACGUAAGGAAAACCUUAUCAGACACCAGACAGUCCAUUCUGGAGAGAAGCCAUUUCAAUGCUCAGAAUGUGAUAAAGCUUUUAAGCAUAAGGAAAGCCUUGUUAUACACCAGAAGGAUCACAAGGGGGAGAAGCCAUAUCAGUGUUCAGAAUGUGACAAAGCUUUUAUAGUAAAAAAAGAUCUCAUCAAACAUCAGAGAAUUCACACUGGAGAGAAGCCGUAUGAGUGUUCUGAAUGUGAUAAAGCUUUUACACAGAAGAUAGGUCUUAUCAGACACCAGAGGGUCCACACUGGAGAGAAGUCAUAUCAGUGUUCAGAAUGA